AUGCGUACUUUUAGUCUUUUAGCCAUUUCACUUACUGUUUCCCUGCUCUUUUCCGAGACUCAAGCGCGUAAUGUGCACGAUAUCAGUGAAUGUCCACCACUGAAACCUCGCAGAAGUCCACCAAAAGAUGUAACGGACCUUCGUAUUGACGAUAUAAAAGUGAUUGCCUCUCUAGGCGACAGUACAAUGGCUGGAUUUGGUCUUCAAGAAAUAAUAGAUGGCACAACCCCAUUAGAUGCUUUAGAAAUCAGAGGAAAGAACUAUGCUACUGGUGGCGAUCCUGGAGCAAAGUCUUUGGCUAGAUUCACAACAAACUACCAGCCAGAACUAAAGGGAGCUUCUGUUGGACAGAUAGUUGUAACUCGCUGUAACUAUGAUUACUGCGCCCUUUCCGAUUACAAUCCCGAUGUGGAUCGUUUGAACGGUGCAAAAUCUGGGGCAAUUGCCAAGAGAAUCAAAGAUGAGCUCGACUAUGUGAUUCCUUAUAUGAAAGAAUACCCGGGCGUAGAUUUUGAAAACGAUUGGAAACUCAUUAUUCUUCACAUUGGUAACAAUGACCAGUGUGAUUCUUGCACAGUCCGUGGAAACGAAAGUACUCCUGAGGUUUAUGGAUCCUACAUUGAUACUGCCAUCGAAAGAAUUUCUCAAAAUAUUCCUAAAGCAAUAGUUACCCUUGUUGGAAAUUUGAACGUUUCAACUCUGUAUAACUUGGCCUCGAGACAUCCUGAAUAUUGCCCCACUGAAGAUGCCACUAUUAAUUAUCUUACUCCAAAAGUCGAGUGUCCUUGUCUCUCCUCACCAGAGCUCAUGCUCGGAAUGGACGCUGUUGUAGCUGAGUACAACAAACGACUAAUCAAGAUUGCUGAAAAAUACAAGGCUAAGAAGGGAUCAAACUUUGCUGUGGUAUAUCAGCCCGCUGGAAUUGACUUUAGAGGAUUUCCUAUCAAUUACCUGAGUCCCCUCGAUUGUUUCCAUCCCAGUAUUCAUGCACAGGAGUAUUUUGCAAAGAUCCUUUGGAACUCUCUUUUCCGUCCCAGUAUAAAAAAACAGAAAGUAUUUGAAUACGAUGAAAACUUGGCAAUAUACUGCCCAAAGAACUCUGACAGAAUCUCUACCAAAUAAUCCACAUAGCCUUUAGUUUUAAUUGAUUUAGUUUUAGUACACUGUACUGUACUAUACUGUUUAUGAUAAAUGUUGAGUAUACACCCCAAAUAAGCUAUAUUAUACAUGUAUAUAUAUAUUUCCAGAAUACAAGCCUAGAAGUUGAACAUGCAGUAAAAGUGUAACUUUUCUCCUUUCUCUCAAUGCAAGCAUAUAUGUCUAAAAAGGGACUUUUAUAUCCUUUUACAACUCAUAUGCUGGGAUAACAAUAAAUGUACAUCUUUCAUUUAUGCCAGU